AUGGAGGAAGUCGAUUCAAUAAUUCUUCAUUUCCUUCGUCAAUUGAAUAUAAAUAUUGAUCCUGAGGUAAAGAAUAUAUGUGAACUACCGGUAGAAGUAAUAAUUGAAUCAGCAACUAAAUGUCUGUGUGAAAUUAAUAAUUCAUUAAAACUGCCAAUCCAAAUGCCAUCUGGUAUUUCUCACAGGAUUGAAGUUGCCUCUCAAAUAGCAUCAAUUUGUAAGGACAUGGGUUAUAAAAAUGAUGUUGGCUAUCAAACUUUCUUGUAUCAUAAUGAAACAGAUUUAAGGCAUAUAUUUAUGUUUCUUAUUGAAAAUUUACCAAAUGAAGGCCAGCAGAACACAGUUAAAACUACAACUAAUAAUAGCAAAUCAUUGUUGUUAGGAGAAAUAAGUAAUAAAAUUGGUGAACAAAUAAAUUCUAUUUGGAUACCACCUUGUUGCAACCCUACAAAUAAAAAACAUUUUGGGGACUUUGUUUUUAAAACUGAUUCUUGGUAUGAAAGUAAAGAGGGAAGUUCCUUAGAUGAAAAGGAUUUAGUUGAAAAAUUAAGGUUAUUAAAACCUAACAAUGAAAUUGAGAAAUUAGUUACAUCACCUCAAGUGGAAGUACAAUUAAAGCAGUUUGAAAUUAAUAAAAGCUUGAAAGAGCUUAAAGAACACUCAAUUGUAUUACAUCAAAAAUUAGAUACCCUGGAAAGUGAGCAAAAUGUUAUGGAUGUUGAAUUUUCUCAGGUACAGAGAGCAUGUGAAAAAGUUGACACAGAAAUGAAGAAUGUCCUUAAUAUAUUGGAGAUCACAGGUAUAUCAGAUAUUGAUGGUGCAGUUGGCAACAUUGUGGAAAAAGUUCAUAAUAAUAUAAAUAGUUUGCAUAGGAAGAGUGAAGAGCUGACAUCUAGAAAUCUCUCACUUAAAAUAGAGUUAGAUAAAAUAAAAAGUCAGAAGGAUUUAAAUGAGUCAGAGAAAAGCAAGUGUAAAAGCAUUUUAGAGAGUUUAAAAGAAGAGGCAAGAACUAUAAAAGAUGAAUAUAACAAAAAUGAAGACACAAGAAAUCAAUUGAAAAAACUUUAUGAAAAAUCCAAAGGAGGAAAUAAGAGGUCAAUUUAUACAAAACGAAUAUUAGAAAUAAUUAGUAAUGUUGACAAACAAAAUAUGGAAAUAAAGAAGAUAAUUGAAGACACGAGGCAACUACAAAAAGAAAUUAACAGUCUCGAGGGGCAACUGGAUCGCUGUUUUUCCAUUGCAGAUGAGACAUUGUUUAGGGAUGCAAAAAAAGAUGAUCAAGCUAAGAAAGCCUAUAAAUUGUUAGCACUAUUACAUUCAGAAUGUAGUACAAUCGUGUCAUUAGUAAAUGACACAGGUAGUAUAGCCAGAGAUAUUGUCGAUUUGGAGGAUAAUAUAAAAACCGAAAAAAGUAAAAGAACUGAAGAUACCCUUAAGAAAAUUCAUUUAGAUUUGGCGACAAUGCACCAAGAAUCUCAAACAGUACUUUAG